UGCAGAAGUUCAAGAUGCCUUCAUGACCUACACAGUGUAUGAUGACAUCAUCACCAUUAAGCUCAUCCAAGAGGCCUGCAAGGUUCUGGGUGUGUCCAUGGAAGCCAUUCUGAAACUCUUUGGAGAAUACUUCUUUAAAUUCUGUAAGAUGUCUGGCUACGACAGAAUGCUGAGGACCCUGGGAGGAAAUCUCACGGAGUUUAUUGAAAACCUGGAUGCCCUCCACAGUUACCUUGCACUCUCUUACCAGGAGAUGAAUGCACCAUCGUUUCGUGUGGAGAGAGGGACCGAUGGAGAAAUGCUUCUGCAUUACUACUCGGACAGGCGUGGUCUGUGCCACAUCGUACCAGGUAUCAUUGAGGCUGUGGCUAAGGACUUCUUUGACAUGGACGUGACCAUGGAUAUCCUUGAUGUGAAUGAAGAAGUGGAGAGGACAGGGAAAAAAGAGCAUGUUGUGUUUCUGGUUGUACAGAAGACUCGCAGGCAGACUAGGAGGGCAAAACUAAACGGGUUGCAGGAUGGUGAGGACAUCAGAAGAGAGCAAGAGGCUCUUCAGGCAGCUUUCCUUAGGAUGAAGGAAAAAUAUUUAAGUGUCUCUGUUUGUCCUGUGAAGAAAUCCAACUGGGAUGUUGUGAGAAGUAUAGUCACUUUUGGAAAAGGGCACCUCAGGGACACCUUCGAGCCCAUUUAUCCUGAGAGUCUCUGGAUUGAAGCAAAGACGUUCUGUGAGGCUUUUCCUUUCCACAUUAUCUUUGAUGAAGCACUGAGGGUCAAGCAAGCCGGAGUGAAUAUUCAGAAGUAUGUCCCAGGACUCCAAACCCAGAAGAUUCGAUUAGAUGAGUAUUUCUCCAUCGUUCAUCCUCAAGUUACCUUCAACAUUUCCAGCAUCUGCAAAUUUAUCAACAGUCAAUUUGUCCUGAAGACACGAAGAGAAAGGAUGCCGGAAGCUUGGAAAGAUCAGCCCACUCUCAAACUCCGUGGCCAGAUGAUCUGGAUGGAGUCCCUGCGGUGCAUGAUAUUCCUGUGCUCUCCGAAGCUCCGCAGUCUGCAAGAGCUGGAGGAGCGCAAGAUGCAUCUGUCAGACAUUGCCCCCCACGACACCACCAGGGAUCUCAUCCUCCUCAACCAGCAGAGGCUGGCGGAGAUGGAGCUGUCCAACCAGCUGGAGAGGAAGAAGGAGGAGCUGCGAGUCCUGUCCAAGCACUUGGCCAUAGAAAAGAAGAAGACAGAGACCCUGCUGUAUGCCAUGCUGCCCCAACACGUGGCCAACCAGCUGAAGGAGGGCAAAAAGGUGGCCGCAGGAGAGUUUGAAACCUGCACCAUCCUUUUCAGCGACGUGGUGACGUUUACCAACAUCUGUGCUGCCUGUGAGCCUAUCCACAUAGUGAACAUGCUGAACUCCAUGUACUCCAAGUUUGACAGGCUAACCAGCGUCCACGAGGUCUACAAAGUGGAAACAAUAGGUGAUGCUUAUAUGGUGGUAGGUGGUGUACCUGUGCCUAUUGGAAGCCAUGCUCAGAGAGUGGCUAAUUUUGCACUGGGGAUGAGAAUUGCUGCAAAAGAAGUAAUGAAUCCUGUUACCGGAGAACCUAUCCAGAUCCGAGUGGGAAUCCACACUGGACCAGUCCUAGCAGGUGUCGUUGGAGACAAGAUGCCACGGUACUGCUUGUUUGGUGACACUGUGAACACAGCCUCUAGGAUGGAAAGUCAUGGGCUUCCCAACAAAGUGCACCUCAGCCCCACAGCCUACAGAGCCCUGGAAAAUCAAGGGUUUGAAAUCAUUGAGAGAGGUGAAAUUGAAGUAAAAGGUAAAGGGAAAAUGACCACAUACUUUCUGAUCCAGAACUUGAAUGCCACAGAGGAUGAGAUCAUGGGCAGACCUAAAACUCCACUUGAUCACAAGGACUCUGAUGUAGCCACACCCGCCUGGAGUCUGGGGACAAGGCAGGACUCCGUGGAGGCAGCUGACCGACCGUCAUCUUCAGAUCCCACCAAGAUUGGCGACUCAGUGCCCUCUGGUUUCUGUGUCUUGUUGUAACAGAGGAGAUAGGAGCCCUGGAGAUUAAUUUCCCCUCUAGUUGUAAGGCGACAAAGAACAGUAACUUGGCGUCCCAGCUCAAAAUUUCUUAAGUCGCAUCUUCCUCAUCGUCCCUUUGAGAAGAAAAGUCUAGAAAUGAAACAGGAUCCUGACAAGUUUGCAGAACGUGCGCAGACAUUAGUUGAGGGCCAGCUCUCAACGCUGUUUGCUUCCAACAGGAGCCAGCGGUGCAGGUUCUCAGCCAGGGCUGUCCAGCAGGAGCCCUGGGGCCGACUUCAGAGGACAGCUUGACCUUGGGGGCUCUCCGUGUGCCAUGCUUUAAGGGGUGAUCGGAAGGAGAGGAGAAAGGAAGGAGGCAGGGAAAGGAGGAGAAGGGGGAGUCGAGGAAAGAGACCCAGAUGCUGCAGUUUAGAAAUCACUGUCAUAGUGGAGAUGUGAGAGGCGCCCAGCCAGGGGUUGUGAAAGGAAAUCGUUUUCAUUCCCAGCCCUGGGAAAUAUGCAAAGCCAUAGAACAAAAGCUGCGUUCCCCAGAGAUUUUGUGAAAGGAAAAUGGAGGAGAAAAUGUGAAGACCAGUGAAAAGGCUGAGUUAGGAAAGAUACAGAAACAAGUGGGGUGCAGCCUGGCCGCAGGGCCCCCGCCAGCCGGCUGCUCUGGAUAGAGCUGCCUGCAGCAGAGGAGAGCGGGCAACCUCAGAGCCUCCCCUCUGGCUCCGGGGCUGGGGAGACAGAGUUUUCUGUGGGCUACUUGUCUGCAUUUGUGAUGAUGAGAAAAACAUUGUUUGGACCUAGGUAAUAAAAGAAAAUCUCAGGGCA